AGUGAGGACGGGUCGUGGCCGGUGGCCUGGGGGAAGCAAAAGAUAGUGGCCAAGUCUGUCCUCGAGCCAGCCUAAAUCCAUGCACCUUGUUUCUGUUCUGUGUCAUGCUUAUACAUGCAAUUAUUCUAUUCUGUCAGUUGACCUUAUCCUGCAGACCAGCACAUUGUUUCUCUCAUCUCCCUCUCUCACUCUCUGCCUCCUUCGAUCUCCCCUCCUCGCUCCCAUUUCACCAUUUUCACAUAGUAGGAACGAGAAUCUACCACACCAUUUUCUUUAAUUGCUUUCUCCACCCGUUUCUCCUUGCCUUCUUCCUGAUCCAGCCUUUAAUGCCAUACCUGCAACAUCCACUACCUUACCCCCUUUUACUCCCAUCUCUCUCUCUCCCCCCUUCUCUCUCUGGUGUUUCCCUUUCGCCAUUGGUGCCACAGGUUGGAUUCUUGCUCUGCUGCACUGGGUCCUUUGCUUGUGCUUGAGGGAUGAGUAGAUGGAGGUCUUCUUGCAGAAAUAGGGAGAAGAGUUCAGUUACCGAUGCCUAGUAGGGGAUCUACUUCGACACAGCAGAGCUGAAUUUCGCAAGAUACUGUAGAAUUUAGCACGUCGCCACUAUGGGUUCAACCGAUCUGAAUUCAGAGAUGACGAGGACGGUUCUUGGGCUCACAUUGUGGAUUUGGAUUGCAAUUGGCGUAGUUGCUCUUCUUGUGGCCAUUCUGUUGAUGAUAUGUAUCUGGGUGGCGUCCCGUCGCAGGACAAAGAGAACAAUUGACAACAUGACCCAGACACAGAUCCCCAUCUACUCCAAGGAGAUCCCGGUCGACAGGGUUGGCGGCGGUCGCAGCCUUGCACAGACGAUGCAUGAACGUGAGCAGCCUAGCUUCCCGCCGCAAGACAAGCACGCAAACCGGGAGCCGGGUAAGACGCCGGGGCAUAUGGCAUUGAGCAAGUCGUCAGAUCAUGAUAACAUGAGCCAGGGAAGCUCGGUUUGUAAUGUGGACCGUGGUGGCAGCGUGCAUUCUGGUGAAGAUGGCAGCUCAGGGCAGCAUGGUAGAAAGCCAUAUUCUCCUGCAGCGUUUGUGUCAGCGUCACCUCUGGUUGGCCUUCCCGAAUUCUCUCAUCUCGGUUGGGGACAUUGGUUCACUCUCCGUGACCUUGAAUUUGCCACCAACCGUUUCUCAAAGGAGAAUGUGCUUGGAGAGGGUGGUUAUGGGGUCGUGUAUCGCGGGCGUCUAGUGAAUGGAACUGACGUUGCCAUCAAGAAGAUCUUUAACAACAUGGGUCAGGCAGAGAAGGAAUUCAGAGUGGAGGUUGAGGCCAUUGGCCAUGUCCGACAUAAGAAUCUAGUUCGUCUGUUGGGAUAUUGCGUCGAGGGAGUGAACAGGAUGCUGGUUUAUGAGUUUGUGAACAAUGGUAACUUGGAGCAGUGGCUUCAUGGAGCUAUGCGUCAGCAUGGUGUUUUUAGCUGGGAAAAUCGUAUGAAGGUUGUUAUAGGCACUGCAAAAGCACUUGCUUACCUUCAUGAAGCAAUAGAACCAAAAGUUGUCCAUCGUGAUAUUAAAUCAAGCAACAUCUUGAUUGAUGAUGAAUUUAACGGCAAGGUCUCUGACUUCGGAUUGGCCAAGAUGUUGGGGUCAGAUAAAAGCCACAUUACUACUAGAGUGAUGGGAACAUUUGGAUACGUUGCACCUGAAUACGCUAAUACGGGGAUGUUAAAUGAAAAGAGUGAUGUUUAUAGUUUUGGUGUUCUCUUGUUGGAAACUGUGACUGGAAGAGACCCUGUUGAUUAUAGCCGCUCUGCCAAUGAGGUCAAUCUUGUUGAGUGGCUCAAAAUGAUGAUAGCCAACCGGAGAGCAGAAGAAGUGGUUGAUCCAAUCCUAGAGGUUAGGCCAACUAUUAGGGCUCUUAAGCGAGCUCUGUUAAUCGCACUAAGGUGUGUUGAUCCUGACUCUGAAAAGAGACCUAAGAUGGGUCAGGUUGCUAGGAUGCUCGAGUCUGAAGAAGUUCCAUAUCGAGAGGAUCGGCGAAACCGGAGGAGUCGCACAGGAAGCAUGGACAUCGAGUCUAUUACGGAGGGAUCGAAUUCUGCUGAAUUUGCAAACAAGGUAGAACGGACUGGCAGCUCAAGAUCAGACCGGUCUCAGUCAUGACUGAGCCUGAUGUUUACAAAUGCAUCUUACACCGUGAGCACUCCUGUUCAUUGAUCAUUCUGAGAAAUGAUGCUAUUCACCGAGGUGGUUACUGAACCCUAGUAGGAAAUAUUAGUAGGUUAAGGAAGGCACGCCCAGAUUUUACUAGCUAAGAUUUAGGCCGAGCUAUUAGGUCGAGCAGAAGCAUUCUUGGAGGAAGAAUUUCCUGGUCUUUGGUCAUUUUUUUGUGUGUGCUGUAUAGGUAUGUGUUGGUGCCUGGGAUGAUCAUACUUAUGAUCCAUGAUGUUCCUUCAGUUUGUGGAAGUGGACCGUUCUUGAUUUCCUUUUGGUUCUUUGAUUGCUGCUAUUUCAGUUUUUACUUGUUUUUUUUA